CGACAGGACUUGCCAGUCUCGCGAUAUGAGGAAGAACCAAGUCCAUGGAAUGUUUCCUUACUUUUUAGCGCUUUACUCGCUUGUAACCGUUAAAUAGUACGUAACCAACGAGGGAACACCGCUCACAACGGAGCGACGUUUAUUCCGGUUCAGAGGUGAAAUGAAAGCCGUAAUUCUCGCCGCCGGGUACGGAACCAGGCUCCAGAGGGAUGUGGUGGCCGACUGCAGCGGGAGAUUCGCUCACCUGGCCGGCACUGCGAAGCCGCUGCUGCCGGUGGGACGGUGCGCUCUGAUGUCCCACUGGGUCCACGCGCUGACCGCCUCCUGCUGCGUGGACUGCAUUUAUGUUGUUACUAACGCAGUUUACCAUGCUGCAUUUGAAGAGUGGGCAUCACGUUUCACAAAUGUCAAGAUUGUCUGCGAUCAGACCACAAGCAAUGAUGGGCGUCUUGGUGCUGUGGCCUGCCUGCAACUUGCAGUAAAGCACUUCAAGAUAGACGACCAUGUAUUAGUAAUUGGGGGUGACACCCUCUUCAAAGAAGAUUUUAGCCUCAGUAAAGUAAAAGCGAGGUUUGUUGACCUCCAGGCAAAGUGUGAGGACUGCUGUCUGCUGCUCUCGUACGAGUGCAAAGAAGAGGAAACUCAUAAAUAUGGGAUACUGGAGGUAGACAGUGAUCUUCGUGUCCUCUGCAUGAAGGAGAAACCUCUUCCUUCUGAGACGAAGUCGAGGAGAGCAUGUCCCUGUUUUUAUGUGUUUUCAAAAAAAAGCCUUCCUCUGUUGGAUUUCAUGGAGGAAAAGAAGGAGGCUCCUAUUGAUGAGAAAGACGCCCCAGGAAACUUUGUGUCUUGGCUCAUUCCAAGGAAGCCAGUAUAUAGUCAUCAGAUUUCUGGCCGUUUCGAUGUUGGAAACUUGCCUUCCUACAUUGAAUGUGACCUUUACUUCAGAGAAAAGCUUCAAGAUCUUGAGACUUACAUGGUGUAGAGAACACAGGAAACACCAUAUUUAUUAUUAUGAUCAAAGACGAGUACAAAAACUAUCUAAAUCCCUAAGAAUCUGUAUGUAACAUUAAAAUCAAGAUUUAAAUUGUAAAUAUGCCUUUGAAUAUUAGUUGAAUGUAAUUUUAUAAUAAUGUGCUAUUAAAAA